UUAAAAGUAAGGGUGUUGAAUGACAGAAUGUCCUACAGGGAUUUGAUAGUAGGAAUAAUCUUCUUGUCACAGACCAUAGUUGGAAUUGUGCAAAAUUUCUCUCUUCUUUACCAUUAUCUGUUCCUUUACCACACUGAAUGCAGGGUGAGGUCCACCCAUUUGAUUCUCAGGCACCUCACUAUAGCCAACACCUUGGUCAUUCUCUCUAAAGGAGUCCCCCACACUAUGGCAUCUUUUGGGUCGAAACAUUUUUUCAAUGAGUUUGGAUGCAAACUUCUUUUCUGUGUUCAGAGGGUGGGCAGGGGAAUGUCCAUUGGCAUCACCUGCCUCUUGACUGUGUUCCAGACCAUUAUGAUCAGCCCCAUGAACUCCUGUUUGAAGGAGUUUAAAGUCAAAGCCCCAAAGUACAUUGGCUUCUCCAUUUCCCUCUGUUGGAUCCAUUUCAUGUUUGUAAAUUUAGUUUUUCCUCUGUUAUAUGUGUUUAGCAACCGGAGCAUGAAAAACUUCACAAAGAAAGGAGAUUUGGGCUACUGUCUUGCUGUAGAUCACGACACAAUCACAGUUUCCGUAUAUGCAGUGUUGAUAGUAUUUCCUGAAGCUUCCUUGUGUGGUCUCACAAUCGGGGCCAGCAGCUCCAUGGUCUUCCUCCUGCACAGACACAGGCAGCGGGUCCAGCACAUUCACAGCACUAAUGUCGCCCCCAGAUCCUCUGCUGAGUCCAGAGCCACCCAGAGCAUCCUCGUCCUCGUGAGCACCUUUGUGUCUUUCUACUUCCUCUCCUCUGUCUUUCAUGUUUGUGUUGCUCUUCUUUGUAAUCGCAGCUGGUGGCUGGUGAACACCGCUGCCAUGAUUUCUGUGUGUUUUCCAACUGUCUGCCCCUUUCUGCUUAUGGGCCGGAACUCUGCUAUAUCCAGACUCUGCUUCGCAUGGAUAACAAAUAUAACAUUUCCUAAUCUUAUCAGAAAUAUGUGA